AAAAAAGAACGAAAAAAAAAAGAACGAAAAAAAAAGAACAGUCCUGUCUCGUCCACCUCACGGAAGCAGACGCCGGCGGAGAGCAGAGCAGCAGAUCGAGAUCGACCCAUGGAUGCUUCGGCCCUCAACAACCCGCGCCUCAAGGCGAUGAUCGAGGAGGAGAGAACAAAGGCCAUGGCAAACGAGCUGUUGGCAAAGCUGACUUUUCUUUGCUGGGACAAAUGCGUCACCGGGAGCGUCGGGAGCAGCUUCAGCAGGAGCGAGACCUCGUGCCUGUCCAACUGCGCAAAACGCUUCGCUGAAGUGAAGAUGAUGACCAUGCAACGCUUCACUGGCCGCACUGUGACCUCUCCGCUCUGGCUCUACACUGUUGCUCGCUCCGACGACACCCUCAAGGAGUUUGCCAUGGACAACUCGCAAGAUGAAUCAGAAAAUGACGAGCAAGAGCUAGAUGUGAGUGAGUCCAUGGAGAACUCACAAGAUGAAUCAGAAAGUGACGAGCAAGAAGAAUUCUUGGAAAAGAAGCCAUUGCGGUCAUUAGCACCAAUGUUCCCGCUUCCUAUGGGAUAUGAUGUGGCAACUCAAUCAACUGAUCCAUUGCUAAUUUUUGUCACACCAUUCAGGCCCUGCACAUCGCCAGAACAGUCUCCAGCUUCAUUUGGUCAACCCUUACCAAAGUCACCAAUUCCUCUCAAGGCUACUCCAAUCUCAGCUGCAUUUCCCAUGCCACAACACAAAGGUGGAUCGUCACAUGAUCCUCUGAAGGAAACUCCAAUGUCAGCGGCAUUUCCCAUGCCAGGACCCAAAGAUGAACCAUCAGAUGAUCCUCUCAAGGCUACUCCAAUCUCAGCUGCAUUUCCCACGCGACGACACAAAGAUGAUCCUCUCAAGGCUACUCCAAUGUCAAGGUCAUUUCCAAUAACACGACAUGAAGAUGAAUCAUCAGACGAAGACUACAAACCCUUUUCUGGUCAGAAAAAAUCAACCCCGCUGAAGACAGCCAAGAGGACUCAGCAGGCUGAAUGCUCCAAUGCAGGUAACACCAAGCGCAGGUCAAUACAGAGAAGCCUGAACAGAGAGCUUGCCUUCAGUUCAUCCUUGUCAAGCAACCCAAAUGAAUCUGUCGAAGAGGUGAUGAUAAUGUUUGAUUCACUUCGGCGGCGCAUACUGCAAUUGGAUGAAAAUGAGGACGCAGGCAAGCGGGCCGACUUGAAGGCUGGAAGUCUCAUGAUGCAGAAUGGCCUGAGGAUCAACAAUUCGAAGAUCAUAGGACCUGUACCUGGUGUUGAAAUUGGAGACAUUUUCUUCUUCAGGAUUGAAAUGUGCAUUGUUGGUUUACAUGCACCUGCCAUGGCUGGCAUUGAUCACACCUCUGCUAAGCAUGCUGGAAAAGAUGAGAUUCUGGCGGUUAGCAUCAUCUCAUCUGGUGGUUAUGAGAAUGAUGACAAUGACACGGACAUUUUGGUGUACACAGGUCAGGGAGGCAAUAGUCGGCACAAGGAUAAGCAUGACCAGAAACUUGAAGGAGGUAACCUUGCUCUCAUGAAUAGUAUGAAAAAGAAAAACCUAAUCAGGGUUGUGCGCAGCGCACAGGACCCUUUCUGCAACUCGAGCAAAGUUUACAUCUAUGAUGGACUUUACCGGGUCGAAGAAUCCUGGACAGAAAAAGCAAAGAAUGGUUUUAGUGUUUUCAAGUACAAGAUGAGAAGGGAGCCGGGACAGAGAGAUGGAAUUUCAGUUUGGAAGAUGACUGAGAAGUGGAAAGCAAAUCCUGCGACAAGAAACAAUGUUAUAAGGGCAGAUAUAUCGUCAAAAGCUGAGAAGCUACCUGUAUGCCUUGUUAAUGAUGUAGAUGACCAGAAAGGGCCAAGCUACUUCAACUAUGUUACUGGAGUGGAGCAUUCAGGGCCACUCAGGAAGACAAAACCUUUACAAAGCUGCAAGUGUCCUAGUGUGUGCUUGCCUAGUGAUACUAAUUGCUCAUGUGCACAACUGAACAGUGGUUAUCUUCCUUACAGCGCCAAUGGAGUGCUUGUGAAGCACAUUCCAAUGCUUUAUGAGUGCUCCUCCACGUGCCAGUGUUGUCAAAAUUGUCGAAACAGGGUCACACAGAAAGGUGUCAAUCUUAACUUUGAGGUCUUUUGGACUGGGGAUUCCGGAUGGGGUGUCCGGUCCUGGGACCCAAUCCGUGCUGGCACAUUCAUCUGUGAGUAUGCCGGUCAAAUCAUUGAUGAAACAAAUAUGAACAUGGGUGAUGAGGAAGAUGAAUAUACCUUUUGCACAUCAUGGCACAGUGACAAGGUUUCAAGAUGGAAUUUGGGAGCAGAAUUACUUGAAGAAAAAAGUGAUAAUGCCACAACAGAGAAUCUGAAGAAGCUGCCUGUUGUCAUAAGUGCAAAACGUUCAGGAAAUGUGGCUCGUUUUCUGAAUCAUAGCUGUUCCCCGAACGUCCUUUGGCAGCCCGUGCAGUAUGACCAUGGCGAUGACAGUUACCCACAUAUCAUGUUUUUUGCGAUGAAACAUAUUCCUCCCAUGACUGAACUGACGUAUGAUUAUGGUACAAGAGGAGCUCCUCCUGGCAUUAAGGGGAAGUUUCCAAAUGCUUGCAAACUCAAGAAAUGCUUAUGUGGCAAGCGUGGACUAAUGCACUAA